AUGAGUGUCAUGCAGUCCGGGACACAGAUGAUCAAACUGAAGCGUGGGACCAAAGGGCUUGUCCGACUCUUCUACCUGGAUGAGCACCGAACACGCCUCCGAUGGCGACCCUCUAGGAAGAGCGAGAAGGCAAAAAUACUUAUCGAUUCCAUUUACAAAGUCACCGAGGGUCGGCAGUCGGAAAUAUUCCACAGACAAGCUGAGGGGAACUUUGACCCCAGCUGCUGCUUCACCAUCUACCAUGGCAACCACAUGGAGUCCCUGGACCUCAUCACCUCCAACCCUGAGGAGGCCCGCACCUGGAUCACAGGCCUCAAGUACCUGAUGGCUGGCAUCAGUGAUGAAGAUUCCCUUGCCAAAAGGCAGAGGACCCAUGACCAGUGGGUGAAACAGACCUUUGAGGAAGCCGAUAAAAAUGGUGAUGGCUUAUUGAAUAUUGAGGAGAUACACCAACUGAUGCAUAAACUAAAUGUUAAUCUGCCCCGAAGAAAAGUCAGACAAAUGUUUCAGGAAGCCGACACAGAUGAGAAUCAGGGAACUCUGACAUUUGAAGAGUUUUGUGUUUUUUACAAAAUGAUGUCUUUGAGACGAGACCUUUAUUUGUUGCUUCUGAGCUACAGUGACAAGAAAGAUCACCUAACUGUAGAAGAACUGGCUCAAUUUUUGAAGGUGGAACAAAAGAUGAAUAAUGUGACAGCAGACUAUUGUCUUGACAUCAUAAAGAAGUUUGAAGUUUCAGAAGAAAAUAAGGUGAAAAAUGUUCUCGGCAUAGAAGGCUUCACGAACUUCAUGCGUAGUCCUGCUUGUGACAUAUUUAACCCAUUGCACCAUGAAGUGUACCAAGACAUGGAUCAGCCACUCUGCAACUACUACAUUGCUUCCUCCCACAACACAUACCUGACUGGGGACCAGCUCCUUUCUCAGUCCAAAGUAGAUAUGUACGCACGAGUGCUACAAGAGGGCUGUCGCUGUGUGGAAGUUGACUGUUGGGAUGGCCCAGAUGGAGAGCCAGUAGUACACCAUGGUUAUACGCUCACUUCAAAAAUUCUCUUCAGAGAUGUUGUGGAAACCAUCAACAAGCAUGCCUUCGUGAAGAAUGAGUUUCCGGUUAUAUUGUCUAUUGAGAAUCACUGCAGUAUCCAGCAGCAAAGGAAGAUUGCUCAGUACCUGAAAGGAAUAUUCCGAGACAAACUGGACCUGUCAUCUAUAGACACAGGGGAGUGUAAGCAGCUUCCAAGCCCUCAAAGUUUGAAAGGCAAAAUCCUGGUGAAGGGCAAGAAGUUGCCUUAUCACCUUGGGGAUGAUGCAGAGGAAGGGGAAGUUUCUGAUGAAGACAGUGCAGAUGAAAUUGAAGAGGAGUGCAAGUUCAAGCUCCAUUAUAAUAAUGGGACCACUGAGCAUCAGGUGGAAUCUUUCAUAAGGAAAAAACUGGAGUCACUGUUAAAAGAAUCUCAAAUUCGAGAUAAAGAAGAUCCUGAUAGUUUCACAGUGAGGGCACUACUGAAGGCAACUCAUGAAGGCUUAAAUGCACACCUAAAGCAGAAUCCAGAUGUGAAGGAAAGUGGGAAGAAAUCGCAUGGCCGAUCCCUUAUGACCAACUUUGGAAAACAUAAGAAAACCACAAAAUCACGGUCUAAAUCGUACAGUACUGAUGAUGAGGAGGAUACACAGCAGAAUCCUGGCAAGGAGUGUGGCCAGCUGUACAGGUUGGGCCGCCGAAGGAAAACCAUGAAGCUGUGCCGAGAACUUUCUGAUUUGGUUGUGUACACAAACUCCGUGGCAGCCCAGGACAUUGUGGAUGAUGGAACCACAGGGAACGUGUUAUCAUUCAGUGAAACAAGAGCACAUCAGGUGGUUCAGCAGAAAUCAGAACAGUUCAUGAUUUAUAACCAAAAGCAGCUCACAAGGAUUUACCCCUCUGCCUACCGCAUCGAUUCCAGUAACUUCAACCCUCUGCCCUACUGGAACACAGGUUGUCAACUAGUGGCACUGAACUAUCAGUCUGAAGGCCGAAUGAUGCAGUUAAAUCGAGCCAAAUUCAAGACAAAUGGCAAUUGUGGCUACGUCCUUAAACCCCAGCAAAUGUGCAAAGGUACUUUCAAUCCUUUCUCUGGUGAUCCACUUCCUGCCAACCCCAAGAAGCAGCUCAUUCUGAAAGUGAUCAGUGGACAGCAACUCCCCAAACCUCCAGACUCCAUGCUUGGAGACAGGGGUGAGAUCAUUGAUCCUUUUGUUGAAGUUGAAAUUAUCGGAUUGCCAGUAGAUUGUUGUAAAGAUCAAACCCGUGUGGUGGAUGACAAUGGAUUUAACCCUGUGUGGGAAGAAACUCUGACAUUUACAGUACACAUGCCAGAAAUAGCUUUGGUUCGAUUCCUUGUGUGGGAUCAUGAUCCUAUUGGACGAGACUUCGUUGGACAAAGAACUGUGACCUUCAGCAGCUUAGUGCCUGGCUACCGGCAUGUCUAUUUGGAAGGACUGACAGAAGCAUCCAUAUUUGUCCACAUAACAAUCAAUGAAAUCUAUGGAAAGUGGAGCCCUUUAAUACUCAACCCCAGUUAUACUAUAUUGCACUUUCUAGGAGCUACAAAGAACAGACAGCUCCAAGGUCUGAAGGGUCUGUUUAAUAAGAAUCCCAGGCACAGUUCUGCAGAAAACAAUUCCCAUUAUGUACGGAAACGAUCCAUUGGAGAUAGGAUUCUGCGACGCACAGCCAGCGCUCCAGCCAAAGGCAGGAAAAAGAGCAAAAUGGGCUUCCAAGAGAUGGUAGAGAUAAAGGAUUCAGUGUCUGAGGCUGCAAGAGAUCCUGAUGGAGUCCUGAGGAGAACCACACGGAGUUUGCAAGUACGCCCUGUCUCGAUGCCUGUCGACAAAAGUCUUCUGGGAGCUUUAUCACUGCCUCUAUCUGACACAGCAAAAGACAUUGAGGGAAAAGAAAACUCUCUGGCAGAAGAUAAGGAUGACAGAAGAAAAGAGAAGGCAAGUAUAAAUGGCUCACAUUUUCCAAAUUUGAACAAAAAGUUCUCCUCCUCCUCCAGUGCUCUUCUCCACAAAGACACCGGCCAAAGGGACUCAAUUGUUUCUGCUGCCAACAUGUUGGUCACAGGAGAACAGUUGGGGGUGCCAGGUCCCACGGGUGGGAGAACCAAAUCGAAUGUGACAAGUGAUUGCCAGGAAAACCACUAUCCCAACAAAUCCCUCUCCCCAAGGCAGAAUUUGGCUCUUGAUCCUACAGUUAACCCAAGACAAGAUCUACAUGGUGUGAAAACCAAGGCAAAGGGGAAUGCGGAGGCGUCCUUGUGCGGAGGCAUCCUUUCUCAGAGCAAUCUGGAGAUUGAGAACCUGGAAGGUAACGGGGGUAAGGGCAGAGCUGCAACGUCCUUUUCUUUGUCAGACGUCUCCACAGUCGGUUCUGACAUACCUGACUUACAUUCAACUGCGAUUCUGCAGGAGAGUGAGAUCUCCCAUCUUAUUGACAAUGUCACUUUAACAAAUGAGAAUGAGCCAGGCAGUUCCAUCUCGGCACUAAUUGGCCAGUUUGAUGAGACCAACGAUCAGGCUAACCUCACAGUUGUUCCUCAUCUUCAUAGUACCAGUGUGACGUCAGGCAAUCCUCCCUUGCCUACCCUGGGCCUAAAAACGCCCUUCAAACAUGGUUUUUCCAAGGGAAAACCCAAGUCUUCCUUCCUGUGUUCAUCUCCUGAGCUGAUUGCUUUUUCAAGUCCUGAGACAAACAAACAUGUAGCAUACAACAUUUGUGAAACUACCUGCUCUCCCGUCUCUACAACGAAACCUGAUGAUGACCUUUCUGGUGAGGCCAAGACAGGGGCCAUAGAAGGCGACCUGCCUGGGUGCCCUAAUACUUCUCAUGGCUGGUUACCAAAAAGUCCUACCAAUGGAGAAGACCGGGAAACACGGAAGAGCUGCAGCCCUGCCUCAUCCAUGGAUUUGACCCUGGAGGAUGUGAUAGCUGAUCCCACCCUUGGUUUCAAUUCUGGAGACAGCAGCCUUGUGGAAAUUGAUGGAGAGUCAGAGAAUAUGUCUCUAACAACCUAUGAGUACAGGAGAGAGGGCACAAAUCCACUUCCUUCUCCUUUAAAACUGAAGUACAGUCAGGAUGUAGUAGAACACUUUCAAAGAGGUUUGAGAAAUGGCUAUUGUAAAGAGACUCUGUACCCUUCUGUCCCCGAAAUAUUCAACAAUAUUCAAGAUGUCAACACUCAAAGUAUUUCUUAUCUAGCAUAUCAGGGUGCUGGCUUUGUGCAUAACCGUUUCUCAAAAUCAGAUGCAAAAAUGAACCAGACCGGUGUGCCCCGGCAGUCUAGUGCCCAAGAUAUGCAUGUCCCUGCACCCAAGCAGUUGGCACAUCUUCCUUUGCCUGCUCUGAAACUGCCCAGUCCUUGCAAAUCCAAAAGUCUGGGGGACUUAACUUCAGAGGACAUCACCUGCAAUUUUGAGAGCAAGUACCAGUGUAUCAGUAAGAGUUUCGUUACAACUGGCAUUAGAGACAAGAACGGUGUGUCUGUGAAGACAAAGUCGUUAGAGCCUGUAGACGCCCUGACGGAGCAGCUUCGGAAGCUUGUGUCCUUUGACCAGGAAGACAACUGCCACAUGCUGUAUUCAAAGCAGGAUGUCAGUCAAUUCCCCAGGGCACUGGUCAGGAAGUUGUCAUCCAGAAGUCAGAGCAGAGUGCGCAAUAUUGCCAGCCGUGCCAAGGAGAGACAGGAAGCCAACAAGCAAAAAAUUGUGAGCCCCAGCAAUGGGGGAGGUGUGGUUCUUAGAAACAAACCCUCGGCACCCACCCCUGCCAUGAACCGCCACUCCACUGGCUCGUACAUUGCAGGCUACCUGAGGAACACGAAAGGGGGUGGCCCGGAAGGCCGUGGCAUCCCAGAGGGGGCGUGUACGGCCCUUCACUAUGGCUAUGUCGACCAGUUUUGUUCAGAUAAUUCUGUUUUGCAGACUGAGCCAAGCAGUGAUGAUAAACCAGAAAUUUAUUUUCUUUUGAGACUGUGAAUUACAUAAAGCUGCAUUGUCAGUGUUUACAAGGUAUUCUGUAGAAUGUCUGUUUUCAGUUGUCAGUAAAUCAGGUUCUUGGCU